AUGUGCACCGCCAUCAACGUGGUCCAAGGGCUCGUCAAGAUCUUCGAGCUGCGAGAAGCCAUUCGCCACCAACGUCGCGUCAACAAGCAGACGUACCUGCAACUGACCGAGAUCCACGUCGAGCUCCAGCUAUUGAACCGCAACGGGCCCCUCCAGGACAACGCGACUCUGCGUCGCACCGCCACCGUCAAGAAGUUCGCCCUGGCGGUCACCAACUUCGUCGCGUACCUGCAAAAGUACAACGACAUGAACCGCUUCCUGCGCUUCUUCAAGCGCAGCGACAUGGAGGCCGAGCGCCUGGAGAUCGUGGCCGAGAUCGACCAACUCUUCCGCAUGCUCGGGCUCGCCACGUCCGUGACGGUCAUGAACGGCGACGCGUCGGCGGCCAAGAACGCGGCCAAGUUCCUCUCCAAGCUGCAGGACGUGCACGCGGACGUCAAACUGACCCACGACCAGGUCCAAGCAGCGCUGCUGGGGCUCGUAGAGAAGCGCAAGAGCGACCAAGAGGAGAAGGAGCUCGUCGCCCAGAAGCCGGUGCUCAAGCGGAGUCACUCGCCCGCUGUGGACAGUCUGUCCGUCCCGUUGCUCAUGGAGUCCCUGGGCUCGGAUCAAACGAAAGCCAAGGACAAGACGCUCUUGGCGCUCAUCCGCAAGUGCGUGACCAGCAACAGCCGAGUGCAAGUGUACAAGGCCGACGGGAUCCAGCUAUUCGCCGGCUUGGUGCGCGGAGACGAGAGCUACUUCACGCAGCUCUACGCUCUGCACUGUCUGAGCUGGUUCACCUUCAUCUACUCCAAGAUGCCCGAGAUGGAGUUCGAGACACUGCGCGGCUGCAUUCCCCCGGCGGCUCCGCUGCAGAUUCAGUCGCUGAUCCACGACCUCAAGCUCGGAACGGACCAGGAGAAGGAGGACGCAGCCAUCCUGUGCUCGUGCAUGGCCACUCGAGGCGACGUGGAGAUCCUACGCACUGUCGGAGUGCUGGCGCCGCUCGUCAACCUCUUGGAGCACGGCACUGUCAACCAGAAGCUCUGGGCUGCCGAGGCGCUGGGGACUCUGGCCAGCAACAACGACGAUAACUGCGUGGCCAUCGCUCGAGAGAAAGCUAUACACCCGUUAGUCGCGCUACUGCGGUCCGGCACGGACAUGCAGAAGCAGGAGGCGGCGUACGCUCUGGGCAACUUAGCAGCCGACAACGACGUGAACCGCGCCACGAUCGCGCGUGAAGGCGCCAUCCCUCCCAUGGUGGCGUUCGUCAAGGCCGUGACGGAUGCUCAGAACCAAUGGGCCGUGUACGCCCUGGGGACUCUGUCACUGAGCAACGAAGCGAACCGCGUCGCCAUCGCCCAAGAAGGAGCUAUCGCUCCGCUGGUGAAGCUGCUGCGAGUGGGGGCCAGCGCCCAGAAGCAGUGGGCAGCGUACACCAUCGGGAACCUCGCCUACAACGACAACAACCGAGCCGAAAUCACGCUCGAAGGGGCUAUCAAGCCGCUCGUGACGCUGCUGGAGGUCGGCACGGACGCUCAGAAGCAGUGGGCGGCGUACGCGUUGGGCAACCUCGCGUGCGAUAACGAGGCGGCGAUCGAGCUGGACGAAGCCAUCUUGCCGCUCGUGGAGCUCGUGCGGACGGGGUCCGACCCGCAGAAACAGGAGGCGGCGUAUACGCUCGGGAACCUCGCAGCGAGUGACGACGGCAAUCGAGACGAGAUCGGACGAGAAGGAGCCAUCGCCCCGUUAGUAGGGCUGCUGCACGCUGGGACGAGCGAGCAGAAGCAAUGGGCCGCCUACGCGCUCGCGUGCCUGGCCGAGAACAACGACGCAAACCGAUGGGCCAUUGUGAAGGAGGGAGCGGUCACUCCGCUACUGGCGCUUGCGCUCGGAGGAACGGAAGACCAGCAAGCCCAAGCAGUUCGAGCACUGGGAAGUCUCGCCUGCGACUGUGAUGAGGACUAUUCCUUCCCGUCGGAGAAAGUUGUAGCGGCUUUGGUGAGGUUUCUCCACGUUGGGACGACCUCGCAGAAGGCAAACGCUGUAGUUGCGAUCCAGAAGCUGGCGAGUGUGAGCGACGACAACAGGGACACGAUCGUGAGGGAGGGGGCGAUCCCUCUACUUGAAAUGCUCGUGAACACGGGCACUGAAGACCAGAAACAGUUCGCUCAGAAGGCGCUGGAAACGCUUCGACCAAAGGUAGUCGAAGUGCCCAAUGUUGGGGAUCUGCUACGUAGUGUUGCGGUGGGCUGGGUGGCCAGCUAG